AUGGUUCCCCCACCACCUGUCAGCAAGCCCCAUGUGUGCCUUUCCACUGUGCUCAUCAUGACCAGCCUUGUCCUCAUGGAUGCCUACCUGGUGGAGCAGAGCCAGGGCUCCAGGAAGCUGGGCAUCUGUGUCAUGGUGGCAGUGGGUGAUGUGUGCUUCUUGCUGGUGCUCCGCUACGUGGCCAUCUGGGUCGGGGCAGAGGUAAAGACAGCUAAGCGGGGCUACGCCAUGAUCCUCUGGUUCCUGUACGUCUUCGUUCUGGAGAUCAAAGUCUACUUUGUAUACCAGAACUAUAAAGCUGACCGGAAAAGCCUGGAUCUCAUAGCCCGCAAAGCGCUGACCUUGCUGCUCUCCAUCUGCAUCCCAGCCCUCUACGUGUUGUUGGUGGCGACGGAGCACAUGGAGUACGUCAGGACGUUUAAGAAGAAAGAAGAUCUCCGCAACCGCCUCUUCUGGGUCGUUGUGGACAUGCUGGACGUGCUGGACAUCCAGGCCAACCUGUGGGAGCCCCAGAAGAAGGGGCUGCCGCUCUGGGCUGAGGGCAUCAUGUUCUUUUACUGCUACAUCUUGCUCCUGGUCCUCCCUUGCGUGUCCCUCUGUGAGAUCAGCAUGCAAGGAAUCGGCAUCAUGCCACACCGGAUGAUGCUGUACCCCAUGCUGAGCAUGCUCACUGUCAACAUCACCACCAUCUUCAUCCGAGGCAGCAACAUGGUCUUCUUCAGGGACGCCCGGGUCUCCAGCAUCUUCAUGGGCAAGAACAUGCUGGCCAUUGGGCUGAAGGUCUGUAUGUUUGUGCAGUACCAGCGGCACCAGCACCACAGCACCCAGGCCCAGCCCUCCCCAGGACUGCACAAGUCCCGGGACCAGCCUGCCUGCCCUGAGGAGUUGGCCCAGGACAAC